CGGUGCUAAGGGCAGUCUGCGGUGACAAACGCCAGCAAAUGCCUCGGACAGGAAGAUCUCUGCAGUGUUGCACCAAAUCGAGCGGGUGAAGGUGGCCAUGGCUCAUCACUGGUAUCCUCACGUCGGUUCACAACUGCUGCUACUGGUUCUGUAUGCCAUGCACUCCGCCAGAGCACUAAAGUGUGUCUGUCAACUGUGCCCAAACUAUACCUGUGAAACAGAAGGAGCCUGCUGGAACUCAGUCAUGUUGAGCAAUGGAAAAGAAGAAGUUCUAAAGUCUUGUGUAUCUUCCUAUGAAAUGAAGGGACAUGUAUUCUGUCACAGUUCUAGCAACGUGUCAAAAAGAGAAUGCUGCUUCACAGACUUCUGCAACAAUGUCACACUCCACUUACCAAGAGUUGCUAAACCACCAAGGAAAAAGGAAUGGGGAAUGCGGGAACUUGCUGCUGUGACAAUUGUGCCACUGGGCCUUUUGUGUUUGGUCAUCACAACAGUAAUUUACAUCCUCCGUGGCCAGCGGUGCGCUUACUACCAAGCAAAGAGGCAUGACAUCGAGGAGCCUUCAUCCAAUCGCAACUUGAUGCAAACAACCAAAUCUCUGAAAGACUUGAUAUUUGACAUGACCACAUCUGGCUCAGGAUCUGGAUUGCCAUUGCUUGUUCAACGGACCAUUUCCAGAACAAUAGUUCUUCAUGAAAUAAUUGGAAAAGGGCGAUUUGGUGAAGUGUGGCGGGGGAAAUGGCAAGGAGAAGAUGUGGCUGUCAAAAUCUUCUCUUCCCGGGAUGAAAUGUCUUGGUUUAGGGAAGCUGAAAUCUAUCAGACCAUCAUGCUGAGACAUGAGAACAUCCUUGGCUUCAUUGCAGCAGAUAACAAAGACAAUGGAAGCUGGACACAGCUUUGGCUUGUAUCGGAAUACCAUGAACAUGGCUCACUGUUUGACUACCUAAAUCAGUAUUCUGUGUCUGUGGAAGCGAUGAUCACACUGGCCGUGUCCAUUGCUAGUGGUCUUUCACACCUCCACAUGGAGAUUAUUGGCACUCAAGGAAAGCCAGCUAUUGCUCAUAGAGACAUAAAGUCAAAAAAUAUCCUGGUAAAAAAGAAUGGAACCUGUGCAAUUGCAGAUUUAGGCCUUGCAGUUAAACAUGAUUCAGUUGCAAAUACAAUCGAUAUACCAUCCAAUCAAAGAGUGGGAACCAAGAGGUACAUGGCCCCAGAAAUCCUUGAUGAUUCAAUCAAUAUGAACAACUUUGAAUCAUUUAAACGUGCUGACAUCUACUCUCUGGGACUUGUUUACUGGGAGCUGGCGCAAAGAUGUUCCAUUCGAGGUGUCCAUAAUGAGUAUCAACUGCCUUACUCCGACCUGGUGCCUUCUGACCCUUCAAUUGAAGACAUGAGAGUUGUGGUUUGUGAUCAGAAACUGAGGCCAAACAUUCCAAACCAGUGGCAGAGUUGUGAAGCAUUGCGGGUGAUGGGAAAAAUAAUGCGAGAAUGUUGGUAUUCAAAUGCAGCAGCGAGGCUCACAGCACUCCGCAUCAAGAAGACGACCUCCCAGCUAAGUGUGACAAAAGAUGUCAGACUGCAGAAUGGAGCUCUGCACGUCUGAUAAACAAAAUGACUUUUAAGUAUUGAUUAUUUAUGCUACCUCAACUGUAUUUAAGUGCCCAAAGCUCAAAUCUAUUAAAACUGCGAUUGCCCAACUAUUAGGCAACGCAGCUGUUGGAUUGUAAUUUUAUUGUUACUGGGUAACCCACCGACAUGUCUGAUUGUACAGGAUAAUAGUAUUAAACUGCACAACUUCUUCUUUA